CGCCGCAAGCAUAGCAUCCAAUGGUGAAAGUAGUUGUGUAGGUUUGUUUGGAGGCUUUCUUUGGAUAUCCUUCAAUUUCUUCAAAGGUCCCAUCUUUGCUUUGUUUAUAUAUCCCACUACCAUUUAACAUGGACUUUUCAUAAAACCUGGCGUUGUUGGGUUGCUCUGCAAAUUCGAAACCAAGGAGUGGAGGAAAGGGAAAGUGAAUCCAAUUGUGAGCUGCACCAGGGCUAGGGUGCCUCCAAAAGCCAUACCGGUGAAUAUGGUUCGUGAUGCCAAUGAAUUGCCCAAGAUUAUACUUACUGAGCCAAAUGGGUCAUCUGCAGAGGUGCUACUGUAUGGAGGUCAGGUUGUCUCUUGGAAGAAUGAACGAAGUGAAGAACUGCUUUUUAGGAGCACCAAGAAAAGUUCAAAACCACCUAAAGCCACCAGGGGAGGCAUACUGAUCUUCUUUCCACAGAUUGGAAAUCUUGGGGUGCUGGAGCAACAUGGAUUUGCAAGAAACAGAAUGUGGUCAAUUGAUCGUGACCCCUCACCUUUUCCCCCAGCUAACCAUUCAUCAGUAAAUCUGAUAUUGAGGCCCUCAGAUGAUGAGGAUCUAAAGAUCUGUCCUUGGAGCUUUGAAUUGCGUCUUCGUGUAUCUCUCACUGCUGGCAAGUUAACUCUGAUCCCCCGCGUGAGAAAUACAGAUAACAAGGCCUUCUCCUUUACGUUUGGUCUUUGCAACUACUUAUCUGUGUCAGACAUCGGUGAAGUUCGUGUUGAGGGCCUGGAGACACUUGAUUACUUUGAUAAUUUGAUGGACAGAGAAAGAUUCACAGAGCAGGCAGAUGCAGUCACGUUUGAUGGCGAGAUUGACAGGGUAUACUUGAGGACUCCAACAAAGAUUGCUAUUAUAGACCAUGGGAAGAAAAGAACCUUUGAACUGCGGAAGGCUGGCAUGCCAGAUGCAGUUGUAUGGAAUCCUUGGGAAAAGAAGGCCAAGGCUCUCACAGAUUUGGGAAAUGGGGAUUACAAAACAAUGCUAUGCGUAAAUUCUGCUGCUGUUGAAACUCAAAUUGUCUUGAAACCCUCUGAAGAGUGGCAGGGCCGUCAGGAGCUCUGCACUGUAUCAUCAAGUUAUUGCAGCGGUCAGUUGGAUCCAGGAAGGCCUCUUUAUGGCUUUAGCUCACUCCAUCGUUGAAGUAAAUGGUUUUUCCUCUUAUAAAUUAUAGCAUCAAUCUUAGGUUUCUACAUAACAUACAAGAACUUGUUUGUCCCGAUAUUUUUAAGUUUUUCCUUUUGGUAUUUAGCUGCACACAUUGACUGACAGCAUAUUUUAGUGAUCGUGUUGUCGCAUGGUGCAGCAAGAGACGAAUUUCUUUUUGAUAUGCUUCUUUUGUGAAAUGAACAAAGUUGCUUUUCUUAGCUUAUUACAACCAGAAUUACAUCUUUGAGUACCCAAGGUCUGCAGGAAACAAAGAGUAAAUUGAAAUUGCGGUU